CACUAGAAGCAACUCUUUUACUAUAGCAACUUAAGAAGUAGAAAUCAAAAAGAUUUUGAAUCAACAAAUAUUAGUACUAUCAUUUUUUGAGUAUUAAUUAUAAGUAAAAAUAUAUGACUUGGAAAAGUUGAAAAAUGACAGUCAAAGGUGGGACAAGUCCUGCUUGUGCUGCAUGCAAAUACCAAAGAAGAAAGUGUUCUUCUGAGUGUGUGUUAGCUCCUUAUUUCCCAGCAAAUCAGCCUAAAAUGUUCCAAAACGCGCAUAGGCUCUUCGGUGUAUGCAACAUUAUGAAAAUCCUCAGGCAAUUGGAUGACGAUGAUCAGAAGGCGGACGCCAUGAAAUCCAUCAUCUUUGAGUCAGACAUGUGGGAGAGAUUCCCCGUCUAUGGUUGCGUGGAGUACAUUUGUCACCUUCGUCAACAGUUACAACUCGCCCUCGAAGAACUUCAUUAUGUCUAUGCUCAACUCGCCCUCUACAGAGAACAACAACAACAACAACAACAAUUAACCUUACAGUGCGGCGUUACUUCUGAAAUACCUUUUGUUAAUGGGAUAUCAAUGGGUCCAUUUUUCACUAGUGAAGGAGAAUCUAGUGAAGGUGGGCCAAAAACUAAGUUGUUGGGUUCUGAUUCUUUAUUUGACCAUAAUAAUAAUUCAAUAGCAUUUCCAGCUUCAGAUCAUGCAAUAUUUGGAUUUGGAGUUCGAGAUGAUCAACGAGACAUUUCACAUGAACAUGAGUGUUUAAUUAACCCCUUCAACAAUAUUAUGGCUGAUGAUAGGCAAUCUUAUGUUGAAACCAAGGAAGCAUGUGACUCAAGCUCCGAAUCAUCUUGGAAGGAUACACAAUAUCUCGAGAAUUUGUCUCAGAAUGAGCUGAGGAAUGCAGCUGCUUGCCUCAGCCUAACCAGCAGAGUUACCUUGUGACAAGAAUUGGCUAUUGUUGCAAUUUUUUCUUCUUUGAACUUUGCUUUUACCAUUUCCAUUAAUGUUCAUAUAUGUGCGAGAUUCCGUUUUACAUGCAUGAAUAA